ACAAGAUGGAGCGGUUUAACAAACACUCUAACGUAAUCCUCAAUAUAAGUCAAUUCACAUUCCCUCUUCUCCGACCUUUACAUCCAAUUACGUAUUCUCUCAUGGGAAACCAAAUAGCCACCGCCAAAAUCGUCUACUGGGAUGGUUCCGUUCAAGAGUUUCACCAACCGUUAACCGUGGCAGAGCUCAUGAUGGACCACCCACAACAGGUUGUGCUUGAUUUUCACUCCGCCGUCAAGCAGAAAAGGCCAACGCCGCUGCCGGCAGACCAGAAGCUGGAGAUGAAGAAAACCUACGUGAUGGUUCCGGUGAAGCAAGGGAAGCCUGUGGGGUUGAGCAGCGAGGAUAGUCGCCGCAUUAUCUUCAUCGUUAACUCUGCUCUGCAUCCCAAGUAUUUUGUUUCUUCUUCAGGGUUUCUUCCUUGGCUUGCAGGGUUGUUCAACUCCGAGAGAGGGGUUGCAGUGUUGCAGGAAAAAGAAGAGACGGAGAACGCCCAGGAGAAGUACGGGUUUUGUGAGUUUUUGCCAGAAAUGUUAGAAGGGAGACCGGAGUAUUUGAGUAGGCAGUUGUCGGGAAAAGGUUGGAAGCCUAGUUUGGACACCAUUAAAGAGAAGAAGGUUAACAGAAAACUAUCUCGAUGGUUAUUGUUCCUUAAAACCUUCACUGCUGCAAAGAUUUAGAUGUUGUUAUAUUCGGUCGCAUUCAGUGAGUGUUGGUUUAUGUGGGUAUAUUCAGUAUAACUUGUAUGAGAGUUCAGGCAUGGCUUCUGUUAUGUUCGGUCUAAGAUCACACUGAAUUAUAGUUUCUCUAAGAACUUAUGUUUAAAGGAGUGUGCCGAGGUCAAACAAUUUAUGAAGCCUGUUCUGUUUGUAUGUUACAGUAUUAUAUUAUUAACCAACAUAGAUUGGACUGCUGCUUAUUU